AUGCCGACGCGCGGACGGGAACGCACAGCUCCCUGGAAGAAGACGUGCCAGCUAGCCGACACGCCAGAUAGAGACAGUAGCAGUGACAAUGAUAAGGAGAAUGCUGAGAACGCGGUGAAAGCAGACCACAAAGACACGCGAGCACGGGUCGCUCCGGCUGCUCGUCGACGCAGAAAGGGACUGUCUGUGCGGCAGCAAGUGGGCAACUCGGUCGGCGAGGCAGCUAGUCAAGAAUCUCCGCCAAAAUUCGUCUUCAAGGCGAAAAAGACGUUGUUUCGCAAGAGGAAGAUGCUGAAACUGGAACGACAGUUACAGGAAGAAGAGAGGAACAAGAAGCGCAUCGAGGACUUGGUGGCGUACUUUCAGCACUUGGACGAGCAGAAACUGGAAACGGCUUAA